GGUCAUCGCUUCUUGAUGAUGUUAUAAUAUUACGAAGUCGUUCACUGUGUAAACUAGUAGUCAAUAACAAAUCAUUCAGAGUGAACGAACGAUCAUGUUUCGUUUGAACGUUCGUAAAAUACGUGUAUAUAAUCGUAUCGAUAGAAUAGGAGAAAAAUGUUUCGAAUUAUUACGUAUUGGUGUGCGUAAUACGUCAACCCUCAACGUGGCAAAUUCGAAGGUUAGGUCAAGACGGAGGAGUUCUAUAACGUAUUCAGGAUGUUUGAUCGAUUCUACUACGAUAUCCGUUAGUCUCCUCGGUCUAUUUAGGGCUACGGUGCGUCGUAUGUCCACGGCAACGAACUCUGAUACAGCAAGGAAGACCUGUUUGUACGAUCUUCACAUUAAAAACGAAGGAAAACUUGUGAAUUUCUCGGGAUGGCUGUUACCAAUACAAUACAAAGAAGCGAUCGCUGUAUCUCAUCAACAUACGAGAACCUACGCCUCUAUAUUCGACGUAGGUCAUAUGAUGCAAACACGCGUUCAAGGAAAGAACGCGGGAGAAUUUCUCGAAUCUCUGACGACUUGCGAUUUGAAGAAAUUAAACGACGGUGGUGCCACGCUUACCGUAUUUACCAACAAUAACGGUGGUAUUCUCGAUGAUUUGAUCAUAACCAAGGAUAAGGACGAUCAAUAUUUUGUCGUUUCGAAUGCGGGAAGACGAGAAGAGGAUACUCAAUUGCUUUUACUACAAACGGAGAACUUUAAGAAGGAAAAUAAAACAAUCGAUUUGGAAUUUCUUGAUCCUCUCGAGCAAGGAUUAAUAGCAUUGCAGGGACCAAUGGCAUCUACAGUCCUUCAGCCAUUCCUCAAAAUUGAUCUAUCGAAGUUGCAAUUCAUGAACAGCGUGAUAACCGAUGUUUUGGGUAUUAUCGUCAGGAUAUCUCGUUGUGGAUAUACAGGAGAAGAUGGUUUCGAGAUAUCAAUACCAGAAAUAAAGGCACGCGAUCUAGUGGAAAAAAUCCUCGAGAAUCCAGAGGUGAAGCUCGCCGGACUUGGCGCUAGGGAUAGUCUAAGACUGGAGGCCGGACUUUGCCUCUACGGACACGAUAUCGAUCACAACGUCACGCCAGUCGAAGCUGCCCUGAAUUGGUUGGUAGCGAAGAGAAGAAGAACGGAAAGAAACUUUCCAGGUGCCGAGAGAAUUCUUUCGCAGAUUAAACUCGGCACGACAAAAAAAAGGACUGGCUUAAUAUUAGGGCAAGGGCCACCUGCUAGAGAAGGUACGAGUAUAUUAACCCCAGAGGGUGAACGAGUUGGUACCGUUACUUCUGGUACACCAAGUCCCACUUUAGGACGUCCAAUUGCCAUGGGUUAUGUACCACCAGACCUGGCACAAUCUGGUCAAGGUGUAUUAGUAGAGAUCCGAGGGAAGACUUAUAAGGCAACUGUGACUAAAAUGCCCUUCGUAAAGACCAAAUAUUACAUGGCUAAAUAAACGACAAUUAUCCAUUAUUUUAUUUUCCUAUUUUUAUACUAUUUCAUAAGAAUAAACAAUAUAUUUUAAGAAUA